AUGUCUCGUUAUUCCGCUCUGCCGCCGCCCGACGCUGAGACUCGCAACAUCAUAGAUAAGCUUGCCCAGUUUGUCGCCCGAAAUGGCCCAGAAUUUGAGUCAAUGACAAAGGAGAAACAACGCGACAAUCCAAAAUUUUCUUUUCUCUACGGUGGUGAAUUCUGCGAUUAUUAUUACCACAAGGUGGAAGAAGAGCGUAGUCUCAUUCAGAAGCAACAACAACAACAGUCGGGUCCCGGCGGUGGUCCUUGCGUGAGUGACACGCCAUUUUUGUUUUCAGACACAUGA